AUGCAACCCCACCACCACCAAGUUGAUGAAUUUCCCUAUGAUCCACCGCCAAUAUUCCUCCCGCCGCCGCCGCCGCCGUCAUCAAAUGGGUUUCUCCAAGAAUUCCACAACCUCGACGAAGAGGAAGAUAAUUUCCACAAUGGGUCGUCGUUAAAUCAUCCUCAGGUGUUUGGAGUCCACACUAGUUCCAAUUUCGACUCUUCUUCUUCUUCUAGUUUCGGUGCUUUCCCUUACGGUUCUUCUUCAUCAAACAUGGAUUUUCAUGAGUACGAGUGUAAACCCUUUGCUAAUAACCAUGGCGACGGUAAUUUCCAGAAUUAUAACUAUAAUCAUCACCACGAGAUGGUUGAGAUUAUGGGAUACAAUAGUAAUACCAACAAUAAUCAGAUGGUGAAUAUGGUCGGCUUACAAGAGAUUAAGCCAUUUUCUGUAGCCGCCGAUGAAGUGUUGUCUUGUGUUAAUCCGAGUAACGGUGGAAAUUAUCAUCACAACGUCCAAUUAGCAGACUAUUGCUACAAGAAUAAAAUGAGUAGUAGCAAGAAUAGAGGUAGCAACAGAGCUCUAGGAUUGCCUCCUACUACAAAGAAGACAUGGAAAGGCCAACGCAAGAAGAACAACGUUGUCAAGGGUCAAUGGACCGUCGAUGAAGACAGGCUGUUGGUUCAGCUAGUGGAACAGUAUGGGAUCAGGAAAUGGUCUCACAUUGCUCAAAUGCUGCCUGGGAGAAUCGGGAAACAGUGUCGAGAGAGAUGGCACAAUCAUCUCCGCCCCGAUAUUAAGAAAGAUACGUGGACAGAAGAAGAGGACAGAGUUCUGAUACAGUCGCACACAGAGAUAGGCAACAAAUGGGCGGAGAUCGCAAAGCGGCUCCCGGGGAGAACAGAGAACUCGAUCAAAAACCACUGGAAUGCGACAAAGAGAAGGCAGUACUCCAAGCGCAAAUGUCGCUCCAAGUACCCACGUGGCUCGAUUUUACAGGACUACAUCAAGAGCUUGAACUUGGAUGACGUCAAUAACCGUCACGGCAGGAGAUCGUCAGCGUCCUCGUCGAAGAACAACAACAACAACAACAACAGUAGUUCGUCAGCAAAGGCGACAAUAGAUCAGCAGCAGCAGAACAACUUGGAUGAUUUUUGUGAAAAUGACAGAUUGGUACCCAAUUUCGACUUCGGUAACGAAGAGGUCCCUGAUUUUGGAUUCGAUGACAAGAUUUUUCAAGACGGGUGCGACAUCGAUUCGUUGCUCGACGGGCUGCCCCCUUGUGCGCCGUUGUCGGUGGACGGGAAGAGCUUCGACGACGAGCCGGAAGUGGCGACGGAGGAGGAUGGGGCUCCGGCGGCGUUGUUGGACUAUGAGGUGAAGAAGGAGCUGGACUUGGUGGAGAUGAUGCUCGUGUCACAAAAGAAAGGAUUUUAA